GCCCGCGCGCUCUGGGAGUCUUUGUAGAGUCAGGGUUUCUGCUGGGCAGGGCCAGCUGCAAAUCCUCCAGGCGGACACCGGGGCGGGGGACAGAUGGGGCAUAUAGGUGGCGUCCGCUGGUGAGAAACACCUAGCUCAGGCAAAAGGGUGGCGACGAGAGGGAGUUUCCACCUGUUGCGCUCUUAAAGAAAUGAAGACUUAAGAAAAUACUAAGGAGGGGCAGAUUGGUGUCUUUCGGACGCGCCUGGAGCCCCACCCUCCUCCAGAGGAAAAGCCCCUUGAGUGAGAGGCAGAAGCUUCAGAGAAAUCGAGAAGAGCGACUCUCUCCGCGCUCCACCUGCUCCGCCUCGCACUUCUGCGGAGCAGCCAACCCAGCCAGCGCCGGGGCCGUGGCCCUUCGCCCCUCCGAGCCCUUCUACUCCGGCCUCCGGGUGCCUGGGCGGGCGACCUGUCGCGAGUCCUCCUAUGGCGGCGGCCCCAGCCACACGUUGCUGGAGCGGAGCCCUCUGCUGGCAGCUCCUGCUGACCCUCACGAUUUUAACAUUUGCCUGUGAUGCCUGCAAAAAAGUGACAUUGCGUAUUCCCUCAAAACUAGAUGCUAAGACAUUUGUUGGUAGAGUUAACCUGAAGGAGUGCUUUAAAUCUGCAAAUCUAAUUCAUUCAAGUGAUCCCAAUUUCCAAAUUUUAGAAGAUGGUUCAGUCUAUACAACAAAUGCUAUUUUGUCCUCAGAGAAGAGAAAUUUUACCAUAACACUUUCCGACACUGAGAACCUGGAAGAGAAGAAAAUACUUGUCCUUUUAGAGCAUCAAAUAAAGGUACCAAAGCAAAAUCAUUCUAAAGAAAAAGUUCUAAGACGUGCCAAGAGAAGAUGGGCUCCGAUUCCUUGUUCAAUGAUGGAGAAUUCCUUGGGUCCUUUUCCACUUUUUCUUCAACAGGUUCAAUCUGAUACAGCACAAAAUUAUACUAUAUACUAUUCUAUAAGAGGGCCUGGAGUUGACCGAGAACCCAUGAAUUUAUUUUAUGUAGAGAGAGAUACUGGAAACCUGUACUGUACUCGAGCUGUAGAUCGUGAGCAGUAUGACUCUUUUGAGAUAAUUGCCUUUGCAACAACUCCAGAUGGAUAUACUCCAGAACUACCACUGCCCCUAUUAAUCAAAAUUGAGGAUGAAAAUGAUAACUACCCAAUUUUUACAGAAGAAACUUAUAUUUUUACAGUUGGCGAAAAUUGCAGAGUUGGUUCUACCGUGGGACAGGUAUGUGCAACUGACAAAGAUGAACCUGACACGUUGCACACGCGCCUAAAGUACUCCAUCCUUGAGCAGUUGCCAGCAUCGCCCACCCUGUUUUCUAUGCAUCCAACUACAGGCGUGAUCACCACAACAUCAUCUCAGCUAGACAGAGAGUUAAUUGACAAAUACAGGUUGAAAAUAAAAGUACAAGACAUGAAUGGUCAAUAUUUUGGUUUGCAGACGACUGCAUCUUGUAUCAUUCAUAUUGAAGAUGUGAAUGACCACUUGCCAACAUUUACCCGUACUUCUUAUGUGACAUCAGUGGAAGAAAAUAAAGUUGAUGUGGAAAUUUUACGUGUUAGUGUUGAGGAUAAGGAUUUAAUUAAUACUGCUAAUUGGAGAGCUAAUUAUACCAUUUUAAAGGGCAAUGAAAAUGGAAAUUUUAAAAUUGUAACAGAUCCCAGAACAAAUGAAGGAGUUCUGUGUGUCAUUAAGCCACUGAAUUAUGAAGAAAGACAACAGGUGACCCUGCAAAUUGGUGUAGUUAAUGAAGCUCCAUAUUCUAAAGAGGCUGGUUCGAGAUCAACUAUGAGCAUGGCAACAGUUACUGUUAAUGUAAAAGAUCAGGACGAGGGCCCAGAGUGUAACCCUCCAGUACAAACUGUUCAAAUUAAAGAAAAUGUGCCAGCGAAUACAAGGAGCAAUGGAUAUAAAGCAUAUGACCCAGAAACAAGAAGUAGCAGUGGCAUAAGGUAUAAGAAAGUAAAUGAUCCAAAAGGUUGGAUCACUGUUGAUGAAAACACAGGAUCUAUCACAACUUUCAGAAGCUUAGAUAGAGAAGCAGAGACCAUCACAAAUGGUACAUAUGAUGUUAUAAUCCUUGCAUCAGACAAAGAUGGAAGAUCAUGUACUGGAACGCUGAGAAUUAAACUUGAAGACGUGAAUGAUAAUGGCCCAUUAAUACCUAAACGGACAGUGAUAAUCUGCAAAACUGUAAUGUCCUCUGCAGAGAUUGUUGCUUUCGAUCCUGAUGACAGUGUAAAUGGCCCACCCUUUGACUUCAGUUUGGAGAGUGAUUCUAAUUCAGACAUACGGAGAAUGUGGACACUGAGAAAAAUUAACAGUACAGCAGCACAACUUUUCUAUCAAAAUGACCCUCCUUUUGGAGAAUAUACAGUACCUGUCAGAGUUACAGAUAGACAUGGCGUGUCACAUCUCACUCCAUUGAAUGUCAUAGUAUGCAACUGUGUUACCGAAAAUGACUGCACAUCUCGCAUAGAUCCAAGGUCUGGCGACGGAGAAGUAAAACUUGGAAAGUGGGCCAUCCUUGCAAUAUUGUUGGGCAUAGCCUUGCUAUUUUGUGUUUUAUUUACCUUAGUUUGUGGGGCAACUGGAGCAGCCAAAAAACCACAAGUAUUUCCUGAUGAUUUAGCCCAGCAGAACCUCAUUGUGUCAAACACUGAAGCUCCUGGAGAUGACAAAGUGUGUUCCACGAAUGGCUUCACAAUUCAUACUGUGGACAGUUCUGGUCAGGGAGUGAAAAAUGGAGGGCAGGAGACCAUUGAAAUGGUGAAAGGAAGACACCAGACCUUGGAAUCGUGCCAGGGGGCUGGUCAUCAUCACACUCUGGAAUCAUAUAAAGGAGGCGGACAGCACACCCUGGACCCCUGCAGGGGAGGACUCGUGGAGGUGGACAACUGCAAAUACACUUACUCUGAGUGGCAUAAUUUCACUCAGCCCCAUCUCGGUGAAAAGGUACAGCUGUGUAAUCAGGAUGACAAUCAUAAGCAUGCCCAAGACUAUGUCCUUACAUACAACUAUGAAGGAAAGGGAUCAGUGGCUGGUUCUGUAGGCUGUUGCAGUGAACGACAAGAAGAGGAUGGGCUUGAAUUUUUGGAUCAUUUGGAACCCAAAUUUAAGACACUAGCAGAAACAUGCAUAAAGAGAUGAAUGCCUUCUUAAAAUCCUACAAGUGUCAGUGGCUUUAUCACCUUUUUUUUUUUAAUUAAAAGCUAAGUUUUUGAAAAAGAAGAUACUAUGUUUGGGACUUUUUUCCCUUUAUUUUGAUGUGCAUUAUUGUUUACAUUUGGGUAUAAUAACAACAGCCAAUUUAUAGUGCAAUAAAAUAUAAUUAAUUCAAGUCUAUAUCAUGGACUACUUAAAGUAUAACCUGAUAGAAAAUUGUAGAGACUUUGCUUUAAUGUGAUCUCUGAUUACCUAGUUAAUUAAUUGUGUGGUGCUUGAAGACUGUUCUCCUAAACAUUCUAAAGUAUAUAUACUAUAUUCAAAUAUUGUUUUAUUCUUGUAACGUGAUCAUUCUUCAUAAGGAGAUUUCCAACUAGGCACUGACUUAUUUUGGUAGAGUUUGGUUCCUAGGUUGUAUUCUAUAUGAAAUCCUGCACUGAAUCUAUCUUUCCUGUUACCCACGUUGUCGAAUUUAAGUUUAAAAGUGCUUUAAGAAUGUAUUUUCACUAUUGCAAGGUUUUGGGUCUUUCUCUCCCACCCUCCCUCACUCCCUCCCUCAUUCUCUCCCUCCAGGACCCAUCUCUUUCUUUCUCUCCUUCUCCCUUCCCCUUUCCCUUCUCCAUCUCCCUCUCUCUUUCCCGCUAUCUCUCUCUUUCUCUCCUCUUUGUUUUUUAAAAUUUUUACUUGGGUUGAAGAAUUUAAAUAUUUUAAAAACCAUCUCUCUUUUAUCCUCUUAUAAAGUGAAUUAUUCCAUUUCUAUUUUAUAUGAGGGCAUGUAUUCUUGGUUUUUCUUAAAAUCAAUGUAAAGUCAACUUUCUUAUUUCAAAUAUCUUGGUGAUUGCUUCAUUAUCUCUUCAACAAAGAACCUUUAAUUUUGCCUUUGAAACUAGAAAUGUGUCAUAUUUUUAUUAGAUGCAACUUUCUAUGUUAACAAAAAGAAUAGUGUAAUGGAAAUUGUGAUGUGGCUAUUUCGUAUACAAUAGAAUUUUUACAGCUCAUGUCUUUAAUGUAAGGAUACUGUUUAUAAAUAAAAAGUAGUGAUGGUUUUUAAAAUAAACUUUGAAAUACAGGGAUUGUGAAAGCUCUAGGAACAAUUAUUUUAUAACUUUUUAGAUGACAUUUCUGGCCAUACCUAUAUGUUUGUAAAGUUAUUUUUUAGUAUUUUAAAAUUAAAAAUUUUUAAUGAAUGUAGAGCAAACUAUUUAAAUUUUGAAAGACUAAGACAAAAUUAAACUUAAUAGUCAACCAAAUUCCAGGCUAGGUUUCACGGCUGAUUUCAGUCAGUGAUUUUCUAUAUGUGCUAACCAUUUGGACAUUUUAAAUGUAUUUCUAAUAUUUAAGCUUAUUAGUGAUAUACCUAUCUUGAAUUCACAAGGUUAGCUUAUAACAUUUUUUAAAGAUUGAUAUUGGGUAAUUAUUCAAUAAUCAGAUUAUCUUUUUAAUAGUUUUAUUACUGCUCAGUCAAAUAUGCUACUUCUCAAAGUUAUUUUUAAUAAAUUAUGUUCAAAAUUCUUGUAUAUUACUAGUUAUGAUAAAGUAAAUUGAGUAGUUUUUAAAAAUUAGUAUGAGUUCAUUAAUCAUGUGUCUGAUAUGAGCUUAUGGGAUUUUAUUUUCUUACUUAGAGAAAUGAGUCUCUUUGGAAUCCUGUGCUACAUUUUUUAGAAUGUUAAAGUUUGAUUUAGAGAGAUCAUUGGUCCAUUGUUAUCACCACAUUUAUAUAAUUUUCUAUUCUAAAAAUUGUAAUGCUAUGAGAUAUUGGUUAAGUUGAAUAAUUUCUCUGUGUCUGCUUUUUUUCCCAUCCUAAAGUGGGGGAUAAUAAUAGAGAACUCUUUUCCUGGGGUGACUAUAAGACAUUUGAAUAAAAAAUGGGUUUUAAACAUG